UGCGACUCAAGUCCUUAGCCACACGGUAGCAAAUUUCAUGGACAUUAUAUUGAGUUUGAAUCAAGGUGUUGUCAAUACUAAAAAAGGCCAAAUACAAUUACCUGUAGAUGCCGUCGCAACAUCAGAAAUUAUAUUAUUUUUCGACGAUCUUUUCGAUUCCUUUAAUGGGAAAAAAGAUAAAGUUCUUUCCAGCAUUAUAAGUAUUACAAGUGAACAUCUUAUUUUUUGGCAAGAAGCAUGUAACAAACUUCGACGUAUGGAAUUUGUCGAAAAAAUAAAUCAUAUUUCUCUGCGAAGAAAUGCCCCAAAAUGCUUGCACAAUUGGAUCUGGACUAUUAAUGGCGCAAAACUAUUAUGGAAUAUGCUCUAUAAUGUCGGAUUUUCACAUUUAAAUUUAAAAUAUAUCAAUCAAGAUCCUAUUGAAAACUGUUUUGGGCAAAUAAGAGAUAAUGGUCAUAGGAACAUAAAUCCGUCUCCGUAUCAAUUUGGUGCUUGUUUUAAGACUUUAAUUACGACAAAUUUGACAUUCCGACAUUCGCUUUCAUCUAAUUGUGAAGGAAAUGAAGAAAAUUCAUCGCUAGCUUUAUUAAAUAUGUUCUCUGUUGAUGAAAUUACAACUUCAGAGGAAGAGAAACAUAUUGAAUGUACUGAAGCUGCAAUAUCAGAAACAACUGAUACACAUUUAUUUAUAGACGCGCAGAAAAUAUUACAAAAUAUUAUGCGUUAUGAAUUACUAAGAAAAUGCACAGAAUGUGAACAAAUGAUAAAUAGCUAG